UCGAAAGAAAAUAGGCGUUCCUCGGUUCUUCCUCUCCAAACAAGUCAGAUGAAAAAAGCAAAACACUUCCGCAAAAAUUAUCGUUGUUUCUUGGAGUUUCGUUUCAGUCUGAAACAUGGGAGCUUGUAUGGCCUUAUGUUCCCUCGCUAGCUGCGCAUCAUGUUUGUGCAGUUCAGCACCCUGUCUCCUGUCGAGCUGCUGCCCUGCCGCCUUCAACUCCACCGUCACCAGGCUGGCGUUCUCCUUCUUCCUUUUCCUGGGGACCAUGGUGUCAGUCAUUAUGAUACUACCGGGCAUGGAGACGCAGCUGCAAAAGAUUCCAGGAUUCUGUGUAGGUGGCAGCUCCAUACCUGGCUUUGAGAAUAAAGUAAACUGUGAAAUCAUCGUGGGCUACAAGUCGGUGUACCGCAUGUGUUUUGCCAUGGCCUGCUUCUUCUUCCUCUUCUCCUUCAUCAUGAUCCGCGUGCGCAGCAGCAAAGACCCACGGGCUGCCAUCCAGAACGGAUUCUGGUUCUUCAAGUUCCUGAUACUGGUGGGGAUCACUGUGGGGGCUUUCUUCAUUCCUGAUGGAACUUUUAACACUGUCUGGUACUACUUUGGCGUGGUAGGUUCUUUCAUCUUCAUCGUCAUCCAACUCAUCCUGCUAGUGGACUUUGCUCACACCUGGAACCAGAACUGGCUGGAGAAUGCUGAAGAUGGCAACAGCAAGUGCUGGUAUGCAGCUUUGCUCACCUUUACUCUGCUGUUCUACGGCGCGGCAUUCGCCUUCGUCGUGGUGCUGUAUGUCUACUACGCCCACGACGACUGCACCACACACAAGGUCUUCAUCAGUCUCAACCUCAUCUUCACCAUCGUGGUGUCUGUUGUGGCCAUCUUGCCCAAAGUGCAGGAAGCUCAGCCCAGCUCUGGCUUACUCCAGGCCUCCAUGAUCACUCUCUACACCACAUACCUUACCUGGUCAGCCAUGACCAACAACCCCAACCGUAAGUGUAACCCAAGUCUUCUGAGUCUCGUCUCCAGCACUACCGCGGCCAGCCCCACUGUUGCUCCUGGAGAAAUUCAGUGGUGGGACGCGCAAAGCAUUGUGGGACUGGUCAUCUUCCUCUUCUGCACUCUGUAUGCAAGUAUCCGCUCAUCCAACAACAGUCAGGUGAACAAGCUGAUGCAAACGGAGGAGACCCAGGGUCUGGCCGCGUCCGACGCCGAGGCCACGUCCGAGGACGGGGUGCGGCGCGCCGUGGACAACGAGGAGGAGAGCGUCACCUACAGCUACUCCUUCUUCCACUUCAGCCUCUUCCUGGCCUCCCUCUACAUCAUGAUGACCCUGACCAACUGGUACCAGCCGGAGACGGACUACGGGGGCAUGAAGAGCACCAUGCCUGCGGUGUGGGUGAAGAUCAGUUCCAGCUGGCUUGGUCUGGCUAUCUACCUCUGGACGCUGGUGGCUCCCCUCAUUCUCUCCGACCGUGACUUCAGUUAAACCAAAGGCAGGUGUCUUUGUGAGGUGAUGAUUUAAGGAUUUACAUUUUUUUAUGUUUUUUUUUUUUUUUAAUGAAUGUUGAUAUAACAAUCAUUUGGUCGAUGGUUGCCAGUUAAACCAGCUUACCGACCCACGCGCCCAUCACCUCCGAAUCAAACCAAAGCCAGAUAUCUGCGUGAAGGAUUGAAUUCAAUUGUUUUAUUCAGAUUCAGAUUGUAUUCAUAUAUCAAAUAUUGUAGGUGAUUGUUGUCAGGUAAAAGGCUCAACAAGCAAUCACUCACAAGCCAAAGGCAAAUAUGACAAUUUAGAUUUUUAAAGAUUGAUGUAAAAUCAUUUGGUUGAUGCUAGUCUUCUACACAAUAGCCUAUGCAAUGUAACACACUAUUUGUGUAAAACAGACAAAAUAUGCUUUAUUAUGGAUUAUUGCUUGGAAUUGAAGGAUCCUGACCAAUUUAAAAAUCUGUUUUCAUCAUUUGUAAAAUAUUUGAUCUGUUGUUGCACUUAAUAUUGAAUAAACCUACAGUUUUUAUCAUGGUUAUACUGGCAUGUCUGGGUUUGGGUCAAAUAUAUUUGACAUCUCUAAAAAUGGAUAAUCUGUCCCAAAAUGGCUAUAUAGUUCCAGGUCAUAGUAAUUGUUGAUUUUUAUAUAACUCUGAGCUCACACAUAUUCUUGUGUCAAUGUUUGUCUAGGGUAUACAUAGGAAAAUGGGUAAUCAUAUCUAUUUGCUGUGCCUCUGUUAGUCUUGCUGCUGUAAUACCAUCUGAUGUAUGCCUUUUCUGUUACAUAAAGCACGGAAUCACCUAUAUGUUGACUUAACCAUUUCUUUAUAUCAUGUACACAAGUUAAAGAUUUCACCUGGGCAUUGUUUAGCGUAAGGUGACCACAGAAGUCAUACACUAGUUUCAAAUUCUUCCUUGUUGGCUGUAGUGAUUAUGGUUGAGUAUUGGUUAUUAUCUGCUUAAUAUAUCAUUUUAGUCUACUUUCAGACGAUACUCUUUUAGUAUAAUAAAAAUGUUCCAAAGAUU